AUGUCAAUGUCAUAUCGGGCACCUCUAUUCUCGCAGGUUCCCACCUACGCUGAAGAUCCUGAACAUGGCACAGAACUGCACCCCUUCGCAAGAUAUCGCCCCGCAUCGUCUCUCCUUGGCCAUGACCCGGAUGCUCAAGUCCACGUGCCGAUUCCUUCAGACCUUGCAGAUGCCGCGCUCGACCCCAACUCAAUGACAGGAUGGGAUUUCUUUGAGAUGGCACUUUUGACCUAUACAGCAAUUUCAACAGACCCUCAAGAAUUUUAUGAGAAACAUGAUCUCCGGCCCAAGAGAUUUCAGCACCCACGCCAUACAGAGAUUCUCGUUGGUAUUACAGUUUACAACGAACCGAAACACCUGCUUCGCCGUACCUUGCUAAGUGUUGUCCAGAACAUCUGGUAUCUAAACAUUCGUACACAGUCAAAAGUAUGGGGAAAGAAAUCCUGGACUAAAAUCGUGGUUUGUAUUCUCAUUGAUGGUCUUGAGUCGGCGGAUCCCGACGUUCUCGAUGUACUCACUACUAUUGGGCUCUAUCAAAAUGGAUUGUGCAAAAAGACAACGGAGAAGGGAGAGGAAGUGACGGGACAUCUUUUUGAGUUUUCGUCUCAUCUGGCAACCCAUCUUGGUUGCGAGGAUUAUCCAGAUGGCGAGGUUGACGCCCCCAAGUUGGUAAACAACCACCUUAUCCGCAACUCAGAGCGGUCAAUGAGAUUUCCAGUACAGUUGAUGCUACUCAUGAAGGCAUCAAACUGCGGCAAGCUCAACUCGUACCGGUGGCUUUACAACGGAUUUGCCAAAGUCCUGGAACCCAACAUCACAGUCCAUCUCGACGUAGGUACGAAACUGGGAAAGCAGGCGCUUUUCAAGCUCUGGAAGGAAUUUGAUCUUGAGCCUAGGCUUGCGGCAGCUUGCGGAGAGAUCUCAUGUUCCUUGGGUGGAAAUUGGCUGAACAUUCUCAAUCCGAUUGUCGCAGCGCAGAACUUUGAGUACAAGGUUGGAUUCCAGCUCGAUCGGACGUUUGAGUCUGCAACGGGCUUUCUGUCGCUACUGCCAGGAGCAUGCUCAGCCUAUAGAUACGUUGGCAGUGCUGGCAAACCACUUGAGGAUAUGCUUCUCGGCGACCCAACAUGGAUCCAAGGCCAUAACGAGCGCCUAUCCCUGUCCCCUGUCAACCUCCUGUCCCCUGUCAACCUCAAUCGCCAUCUUGCAGACGAUAGAGUGAUGUGCUUCAGGAUAAUUAGCAAACCAAACACUCACUGGCUGUUGAAAUAUGUCCCAGUCACCGCCACUACUGACAUCCCCAUGACGACAACCGACUUCAUCAACCAAAGGCGAAGAUGGCUCAAUGGGGCUUUCUUCUCGACUAUUUACGUCUUGAAGAGAUUGUUCUGGCUCUUGUCUUGGCUUGGUUCUCACUCGCGGCUUUUCUACUCACGACAUUCACGAUCAACAGCAUCUCUGGAGACCCUCCGAAAGGAUGCACCAGCUGGUGGUAUCCCUUUUGGAAAAGCAACACCAAUUGUCAACGCUGUCAUUCAGAUAGUGUACUUGGCGACUGUCUUGUUCCAGUUUAUACUCGCCCUUGGAAGUCGUCCAAGGAAUCAUCGGAUCAGCUAUAUCAUCUCAUUCGCUAUUUUUGGACUCAUUCAGGCGUAUCUAAUCAUGAACUUGAUCUAUCUGGUUAAACGGGUCGCAGACUACAAGGCCGACGAUACUUGGUCGAGUAACUACGCCUAUAUCGGGGAGUUUUAUGCCGACAUUGGCCAAAGCACCAUCAUCGUUGCUGGGUUUUCCGUUUUCGGCGUCUAUAUCCUCAGCGCUCUUCUGGCACUUGACCCAUGGCAUCUCCUCACCUCUUUUGCACAGUUCCUCUUUAUAUCAUCCUCUUAUGUCAACAUUCUCAAUAUUUACGCUUUCAGCAACACACAUGAUGUCAGCUGGGGGAGGAAAGGUCGACAUCAAGAUACCGAAGAGGGUCAGAGACAAGAAGGGCCAAGGCCAGCGACCAUCGAGAGGCGAUUCACAUUUUCCGACCAAGAUCCAAACAUUCGAUCCGCAGCGACCCAGCGCGAUGAAACUCCACAAGCGAGAAACAGGGAGUACCAAGAGGCACUGGCUCGAGCGACGGCUGAAAAUGAGACAGUGAGCCAUGAGAGGAAGCGCCCCCAGGUCCUCGCAGUAGCAGACGCCAUGAUGGAGUUUCGCACGAUUCUGCUUGCGUCAUACAUUUUCUCAAACAUUUUCGUUUGUCUUAUCGUCAUGAAUGACAGCAUCAAAAUCUUGUGGUGGCUUGGUGACUCGUACUGGUAUAAGGUCUGGUUCUUCCGUAUAUGGCUAUGGGCAAACUCGAUCAGCUUUCUCAUAAGAUUCGCUGGGUGCCUGUGGUAUCAUGUGGUCAGGGUAUUCAGCGGGUUCUUCCGUGGCACUUUGACGUGA